CCUGAUCAGUCAAACUGUGGUGCUUAUGCUGGACUUUGUGUGACUAACACCAACAGCCUGGUUGAUCAGGUCCUGCACCGUGAGGCCUGGAAUGGGACCAGGCUGCGAGGGCAUUGGCUUGGAACACACUCCAGCCCACUGAAAGAUUCGGUUGAUGUCCGCCUGGAGCCUUGCAGUGUCUGCAAUGGAAGACACUGUCAUGCAGAUUCGGGUGUCAUCUGCAAAGGAAGACACGGUGCUGUGGCUGACAUCCUUGUCUAUGUCAGAUAUGAGGAUGAGGAACAAGAUGGGAGCGAAUACUGUGCCUUGUGGAACAGAGCUUUUCACCGUAGCUGCCUCGGACUUUACUCUGUUGACGACUACUCUCUGUGUUCUGUUAGUGAGGAAAUUAUAGAUCCAUCGACCGACUUUUCCUGUUAUCCCUUUAGCACGCAUUUUGUGCGCUAUUACGCCAUGGUCACACUUGUCGAAGGCUUUUGCCUUCGACAUAAAUAUGAAAUAAAACCUGAGAACUGCUUUGAAAUCAAUACUUGUUAUUAAAUUAUCUCUAAGUUCUUUCACACAUGUAUAUCUGCUUGGGAAUGUUUCUGAAGCUUUAUAUUUGUUGUUGGUUCUAACCUUUAAGGAUAUAAAAAAAAAAAGCUCUGCUGUCUGUUAAAAGUACUGUACUGAUUUUAAAGCUGUUUAGGGUUUAUGAACCUCAAACAUGCUUAAUAAGAAGACUAUCAUGGUACAGCAUUGGCCCUUGAGGAACAAUUAGUCUGCCUAUAUGAGAAUAAUAAUUCUCAAUAUAGUAGCUCUGAAGCCAGUUCAAGAUGUUCUUAAAACCAGAAGACUUUCCUAUAAAUAUAAAAAAUGUUAGAAAGGGUAUUGCAUAAUUUUAUGGACUAUUGGUUAUCAGUGCAGACCAACAUUGUUGUUAGAGGGCAUACAAAAGAUGGGCAAAAACUAGAUAAUAGUCUAAAAAAUGGCAACCACCUGCAAGAAACUGAAAGAUCCCAAACCACAUUAACAUGCAAGUUUGUUUCCAGAAUGUCAAUCUGUCAAGGAAGGUGCUUUGAUGCUAGUGAGGGGCCCCAAGGAAGUGGACCUCUCUUCCCUUACCUUGGAUUGAACCUGAAUGCCUCCCAUUUCUCAAGUACUAUGGGUUUAGCACUUCCCCUUGAUUAAAGUAAAAUCCAGAAAGUCAAAUGGGUAAGAAAAAGAAUUUUUUUUCCACUUGAUUGAAGAAGUGGAAGAGCCAAAUGAAGCACAAGAGAAAGGGUAGAGUCAAGAGAUUAGAUCAUUUGUAAUGUACUAAUGUGAUAACAAAUGUUCAAGCUGAUUUGAUAGAAGUAUGGAUGAAUGUGACAAGUAGAGCAUACACAGCUGCAGUGAAGAUACAGACAACAGUGACAGUGAUACAUUAGAUCAGGAAAAACAGCAGUGUAUCUACUAAAGGAUGCACAGCUGCAUCAGUGUAAUUGUAAAUCCUCACCAAAGCUCAGACAAUGCAAAGAAGAAAAAGACCUGGAAGAUUGAAAGACAGGGCAGAUGUGAUGCAUGAAGAUUUUUCUAAAAUAGGUGUAAUAUGUAAAGAGUUAUGAAGAACAGAAAGGUAAGCUACAGGGGACUGAAUGCAGAAACCAAAAGGCUGUAAUAAGAAGAGAAUUGACAAAUUAUUGCAUAUGCUAACAUCUAGGUGAACUUAUAGGUUGUGGGAUUAUGCAUAUCAUGGAAACUUAAGUAAUGAAGAAAUGAAUACUGCUGCAAUCCUGCAAAGGAAUAUUUGGCCCCACAUACAGUAUAGGCUUUUGCUGUGACCUUAAGCAUAAACAAACAUGGAUUAUAGUCAACACAUAGCUUUUAGGCAGAAGCUAAAGUAGUCAAGUAGUACACCUGGUGUACAUAAUCCAACUUGGACACUGAAGUCAAAUAAAGGUAAAGGGUGACUGUCAGCUCAGGUGAGAAGAGAAAAAAUCUGGAGGGUAAUUUGCUAAGAAAAUGUAAGCUAGAAAGAGAGAGAUGUUCCUUCUACAGGCAAAGGCGAUGGGUAUACUAUGAAGUAUGGAAGGCAUACUGACUGGAGAAAUAGAUAUUAAACAUAAAUGAAAUGAAUCAUAGAGUCCAAGAAAGAUGCACAAUCCAAGGCCGCAUGAGUUUAGAGCAGGUUACUCCUGCUUCUCGCAACUACUGAGCCACAAUGACAUGACGGUCUUGGAUGCACAGGCAGAUGAACAAAAUGCAGAUGUAAUAUACACCCUUUGCCAUAACCUUUGAUAAAUGCAAUCAUGGUGUAAUAAUACACCAAAUGGGUAGGUGGCUAUUAAAUUUUCCGGCAAAGAUAUAGCAUAGGAGAUGGUACAAAAGAAGAAAAUGGGUUACUGAAUUGCUUAAAAACAUAAACAUGUCACAACAGUGGAAAGAUAGUCUUAGCCAAGAGAUCACUGAUUUAGAGCAAAAUCUUAGGAUGUUAUUCCAAACAGAAGAAGCACAAAUGGACCAAAAGGACAUCCAGGAUAUUGCAAGAAACUCAAAAUAUUUUUAUUCAUAUGCAAAAUCCAAGCUAAGAACUACCUGUAGAAUUUGACCAUUAAUGAGAGGAAACUCGUAUACUGACGAUGAACAGGAAAUCAGCAAAAUUCUAAAGGAAUAGUAUGAAUUGGUGUUCAUCAAUUCACGAAAUUACAGCAAGGCAGAGAAUGCAGAAACAUUUUUUCACUAAAAGGAAGACCACGCAGACCAACUAACUGACAUUAGUACCAGUCCCAUAGAUUUAAAAAAAAAAAUGAAAUCAUAUCCACCCAAACCACACCAAGGGUGGGGAUUGAACUCAUGGCGAGUGGUAUGAUUUGUUUGCAAUUGUCUUUACAAUUUUGUGUCAUGCCCACCCACUCAGCACCUGGACCACAUUCAUGGAAUACCUUAUUUACAAAAAAGUGCAAAGUACCUCUAGCAAGAGCCCUCAGUAUUCUUUGGAGAGAGCUUAGAUACAGGUGAAAUUGGUACCAUAGAUCUUAACAAGUGCAGACAUAGCUCCUUUGCAUAGGGGAAGCAGUAGAGCAAUUGUUAAAAAUUACAGACCAGUAGCCCUAACUUCCACAUCAUAUAAAUCUUCAAAAGAGUGAUGAAACAGCAAUUACAAAUUUCAUGGAACAGCACAAUCGGCAUAACCCAAACCAACAUGGUUUUCUAGCAGGAUGAUCAUGCCUGUCACUUAUGUUGAACCAAAAUGCAGAUGUGAUAUGCACAGAUUUUGCAAAGGCAUUUGACAAAUGCGAUCCAGAGUUUACCUGGAGAGAGUUCCGGGGGUCAACGCCCCCGCGGCCCGGUCUGUGACCAAGCCUCCUGGUGGAUCAGAGCUUGAUCAACCAGGCUGUUACUGCUGGCUGCACGCAAACCAACGUAAGAGCCACAGCCCGGCUGGUCAGGAACCAACUUUAGGUGCUUGUCCAGUGCCAGCUUGAAGACUGCCAGGGGUCUGUUGGUAAUCCCCCUUAUGUAUGCUGGGAGGCAGUUGAGCAGUCAUGGGAUGAUAGCACACAAAAUAAAAGCCAUAGGUAUUACAGGGAAGGUAGGCAGAUGGAUUUUUGGGUUCUAACACACAUAACACAAAAAGUAGUAGUAAACAGCAAAAUACAGCAUCAGUGAGGUAAAAAGCUCAGUUCCCCAAGGCACUGUCUUGGCACCUCUGCUGUUUCUCAUUCUCAUAGCAGGCACAGAUAUAAACAUCUGCCCCAGUUGUGUAUCAUUUGUAGAUGACACUAAAAUAAGCAUGAAAGUCACUUCAGUUGAAGACACAGAAAAAUUACAGGAAGAUAAAAGCAAUGUUUUCCAGUGGGUAGUGGAGAACAACAUGACGUUUAAUGGUGAUAAAUUCCAACUACACAGUGAACCUCGGUAUAUGACCAGCUCCCUACUCGAACAAAGCUCAGCACUCGACCAAACAAAUACGGCCUGCCAGAACUUCGCUGUAAACUAUUUCAUGUUUCUUCACAUUUUUUUUUGUUUGUUUGUUUUGUAUUAUUUGCAUAAAUAAGUCACCAUGGGGCCUACGAUGAUUAGUAAUAACAGCUAACCAAACAGAAAAUUGGUUGGGAAGAACUUGUUCAAUACUCAGAGCGGCACUCGAACAGCCUUCUGGAAUGAAUUAAGGUCGUACACCAAGGUUCCUGGGAAAGUUUACAUUUGAUUAGGUUACAUCAGCUGGUCUCCCAAGAGUUUCUUGACGGUGUCCAAGCCUCGCAGUAGUGACAUACAAGGUGUGUCUCCUCGACAGACUGUGUCUCAAGUUAGUGAAGUUUAGUUGAAGUUCAUUUUCGUGUUGUUCUCAAACUACUAGUUGAUAACCCAGUUGUAAUAUAUACUCUGCAAUAUGCCUUUGUCAGUUUAUAUGGUCUGUCGUGUUUGAAGGUCCACUUGUAAAAAAUAUUUAGAUAUCUCUUGAAGUCAAAAUAAUGGUUGUAAAAUGGACGUGAGUCGUGAAUACUGUUCAGAUUAUAAACCCGGAGGGUUAGUAGCCAUUGAUAACCCAGAAAUAUCAGGUCGUAGAGGGCUACCUGUCUUAUUUCCAUUAUGGGCCCUUUAAUUAAUCCCUCUCCCCAGGAUGCGACUCACACCAGCCGCCUAACGGCCAGGUACCUACUUACUGUUAGGUGAACAGGUCAGCAGGUGUAAAGAUAUACAAAAUUUACUACCUUGUAGUAUACAAAAUGUACUUUACAUGUGAUUAAAUAUUGUUAACUACAAAAGGCACUAGCAUGUAUGUGCAUUAUGGGAUAGAACUUGGGUCCCUCAAUAUACUGUAUGAGGCGACUACCAAAUGAGCCACGAUUAUUAUUAUUAUAAUCAAGGGGGAAGCGCUAAACCCGGAGGAUUAUACAGCGCCUGGGGGGGAUGUGGAAGGCAUUCAGGCUUAAUUCGGGGAACUGGAGCACAGAUCCAAUUCCCUAAAUCAAGAGCCCCUCACCAACAUCAAGGAACCUUUCUUGAGGGGAAAUGAGCCACGAGACAUCACAUUGUUGCGUCCAAGACCAGUGUAAAACAGUGAAUUAAUUAUACUAUAUAAAAUACAUGCAUGCUAUCUAUACCCUGGCAAUAAUUUAUUUCUUAUGCAAAAUUUUGUUUUUGAAGUAAUAAUGCAUUUUGGGACGUCAGAGGGUUAGAGUUGAAUCUUAUAACAGUGCUAGUCAAUCACAGCAAAGUUAAAUAUUAACAUGACACAUCACCGCGUAAACUAAAGUGCGCCAGUCAUUAUCUAUAUCUGCGGAGUAAGGUAAAGCUAGUAAGUAAGUUUACUUAGGUAAAGGUACACAAAUACAAUUACACAUAUUGUCAUACUCCAGAUAUGUCACGUAGCUCGAUAGCUAGCGUACUCGCCUCACACUGAGAUCCGGGUAUCGAUAACCUGGUACGGCUGGAAAACAUUAGGAUGUUUCCAUAAGACACCUGCUGUCCCUAUUCACCCAUCAAUAAAAUGGGUACCUGGGUGUUAGUCGACUGGUGUGGGUCGCAUUCUAGAACAAAAUUUACCUAAUUUCCCGAAAUGUUCUGCAGAACAAGGAGCUUUCUGUAUGGUAGUAUGUCAUUAAUGUCCGCUAGGCCUGUAAUAUUAUUAUUAUACGCUGUAUAGCCCUUGUGGCUUAGCGCUUCUUUUUGAUUAUAAUAAUAAUAAUUAUUAUUAUACAUAGUAACAUAUGUGUAAAUUACCUAGGAUAACCUACGGAACGAAUGGGUGUAAGUUUAUUUAGGCACAGGUAAUAAUAAUAAUAAUAAUAAUAAUAUUUUUAUUUCUACAAGACAAGUACAUGUACAAGGUAUACAGGCCUAGCUGACGUUAAUGACAUACUACUAUAUAAACAGCCCCUUGUUAUGCAGAGCAUUUUGGGCAAAUUAGUUCAUUUUUGUCCCAGGAUGCGACCCACACAAGUAGACUAAUACCCGGGUACCCAUUUAACUGAUGAGUGAACAUAUACAACCUAUGUAAGGAAAAACGUCCGAUAUUUCCACCCCUUCGCCGAGAAUAGAACCCGGACCUUCACAGUGUGAAGCGAGAGCUUUUGCCGCCAGGCCACGAGGCACGGGUAAGUAUUCAAUUCUUAUUCUGAUCUUGUAAACUGUCAUAUAGCUCAUGGUAGCUGCACAAUGCUGCUGUAAUGUUAAUUUUAAUAAUAAUACUAAAAAAUGCAGUAUGGAUACCUUCCAUGCAAUAUGAACAUUUCAGCUGGUCUGGAGUUUCCUCACAUUCCGGCAUUUUAUGUGUCUUAAUUAACAUGUGUAAUUUUAUCUAGAUAAACUUUGUACUAAUAUCGCUGCAUGACCCUUGCGGGUUUAUCACUUGAUUUGAUGCUUGUGAGGGUCUCUUGAUCCAAAGGAGCAGUGCUGUAUGACCCUAGUGACUUUACCAUUAAGUUACCUAUACCUGGAUGCUGUUGCGGGGGUCAACGCCCCCCGCGGCCCUGUCCAUGACUAGGCCUCGUGGUGAAUCAGGGCUAGAUCAACAUGCCCAUGAACUUUAUCCCAAGCAGAGCGCAUGGGCAUGUCAUUUUUUUUUUAAUCCUGUGGUUUUAGGGUUGUAUCAGAAAUUCCUGAAUUAACCAUACUUUGAGUCUCGGUCAUAAGAAAAUCAUGUAGAUGGUCGACCCUUUGUCUUAUUAACGGCUAACUAGACACUGAGUCAUAUUGAGACCUCAGUAUCUCACUCAUUUCUUUGCUGUCAUCUAUGCAAGUCCCAUCUUGUUUAAGCAGGGGUCCAAUACUGGUUUUGGUUUUUGCCCUAGAUUUGGCAUAAGCUAUGAUAAUAAUAAUAAUAAUUUAAUGAAUUAGACCCCAAUGGAAAUAAGUCACUCUGACUUUUUUGGGUUAUCCUAGGUUCUCUACACAUAUGCUGCUAUGUAGUCAUUGUGGUAGUCUACAAGCCUACGGAUGCAACAUCCCAGCAAUUCCAGGAACAGCUGUUAAAAAUUGACCACUGUCUGGAAAAUCUUCCAGCUCCUGCACCCAACAUCUUGCUCCUGGGGGAUUUCAACUUAAGGCACCUAAAAUGGAGGAAUAUAGCAAAUAAUAUUGUUGCAGUAAUAACACCAGGAGGCAGCUCUGAUGAAAACUCACACACGAGCUUUUAAAUCUCUGCACAAAAUUCAAUUUAAACCAGCAAAUAAUAGAGCCUACUAGACUGGAUAAUACACUAGACCUCAUCUUCACUAACAAUGAUAAUCUGAUAAGAAAUGUCACCAUAUCAAAAACAAUAUACUCAGAUCACAACAUAAUUGAGGUUCAGACAUGUAUGCGUGGAGCCCCAGACCGACAUAAUGAGACUAGUCACGAGGGAGCAUUCAUCAAAUUCAACUUCAAUAACAAGAACAUAAAGUGGGACCAAGUAAACCAAGUCCUAACCGAUAUAAGCUGGGAAGAUAUACUAAGCAACACAGACCCCAACUUAUGCCUAGAACAGAUUAACUCGGUGGCACUCGAUGUAUGCACAAGGCUUAUUCCUCUAAGAAAAAGGAGGAGUAGAUGUAAAAUAGAAAGAGACAGGCGCUCCCUUUACAGGCGACGGAAAAGAAUAACAGAGCGGCUAAAAGAGGUCAAUAUAUCUGAAAUGCGUAGGGAGACACUGGUCAGAGAAAUAGCAAGCAUCGAACUUAAGCUAAAGGAAUCUUAUAGGAGUCAGGAAUCGCGGGAAGAACUAAAAGCCAUAAAUGAAAUCGAAAGAAACCCAAAGUAUUUCUUCUCCUACGCCAAAUCAAAGUCGAGAACAAUGUCCAGUAUUGGGCCCCUACUUAAACAAGAUGGGUCCUACACAGAUGACAGCAAGGAAAUGAGUGAGCUACUCAAGUCCCAAUAUGACUCAGUUUUUAGCAAGCCGCUAACCAGACUGAGAGUCGAAGAUCAAAAUGAAUUUUUUAUGAGAGAGCCACAAAAUUUGGUUAACACAAGCCUAUCCGAUGUUAUCCUGACGCCAAAUGACUUCGAACAGGCGAUAAAUGACAUGCCCAUGCACUCUGCCCCAGGGCCAGACUCAUGGAACUCCGUGUUCAUCAAGAACUGCAAGAAGCCCCUAUCACGAGCCUUUUCCAUCCUAUGGAGAGGGAGCAUGGACACGGGGGUCGUCCCACAGUUACUAAAAACAACAGACAUAGCCCCACUCCACAAAGGGGCAGUAAAGCAACAGCAAAGAACUACAGACCGAUAGCACUAACAUCCCAUAUCAUAAAAAUCUUUGAAAGGGUCCUAAGAAGCAAGAUCACCACCCAUCUAGAAACCCAUCAGUUACACAACCCAGGGCAACAUGGGUUUAGAACAGGUCGCUCCUGUCUGUCUCAACGAUUGGAUCACUAUGACAAGGUCCUAAAUGCACUAGAAGACAAAAAGAAUGCAGAUGUAAUAUAUACAGACUUUGCAAAAGCCUUUGACAAGUGUGACCAUGGCGUAAUAGCGCACAAAAUGCGUGCUAAAGGAAUAACAGGAAAAGUCGGUCGAUGGAUCUAUAAUUUCCUCACUAACAGAACACAGAGAGUAGUCGUCAACAGAGUAAAGUCCGAGGCAGCUACGGUGAAAGCUCUGUUCCACAAGGCACAGUACUCGCUCCCAUCUUGUUCCUCAUCCUCAUAUCCGACAUAGACAAGGAUGUCAGCCACAGCACCGUGUCUUCCUUUGCAGAUGACACCCGAAUCUGCAUGACAGUGUCUUCCAUUGCAGACACUGCAAGGCUCCAGGCGGACAUCAACCAAAUCUUUCAG